AUGAGUGAGCCAGUUAUUCUCCAUUUGAGAGCAGAAACCAAACCAUUGGAAGCAAGAGCAGCGUUGACUCCAUCGACAACCAAGCAAUUGCUCGACGCCGGCUUCAAAGUCUACGUUGAAGAGAGCUCCCAAUCUACAUUCGACAUUAAGGAGUAUCAAGACGUGGGAGCCGAGAUUGUGCCAGAAGGAUCCUGGAAACAAGCCCCCAAAGAUCGUAUCAUUAUCGGUUUGAAGGAAUUGCCAGAAAAUGAAACUUUCCCCUUGGUGCACGAACACAUCCAGUUUGCCCACUGUUACAAAAACCAAGCAGGUUGGGACAAGGUCUUGGCUAGAUUCCCCGCUGGCAAUGGUGUUCUCUACGACUUGGAGUUUUUGGAAAAUGACCAAGGGAGAAGAGUUGCUGCGUUUGGGUUUUACGCUGGGUUCGCUGGUGCUGCCAUUGGUGUGCUCGACUGGGCAUUCAAGCAAUUGCACGGCGAUGAUGAAGACUUGCCCGGUGUGACUCCAUACCCCAACGAAGGCGAGUUGAUCCAAUACGUCAAAUCGGAGUUGGCGAAAGCAGUAGCUAAGAAUAACGGCGAGUACCCCACGGCUUUGGUGAUUGGCGCACUCGGCAGAUGCGGGUCCGGUGCAAUUGACUUGUUCAAAAAAGUCGGUAUCCCCGACGAGAACGUUGCCAAAUGGGACAUGAAGGAAACCGCAAAAGGCGGGCCCUUUAAAGAGAUUGUCGACUCGAAUAUCUUUGUCAAUUGCAUUUACUUGUCUCAGCCCAUCCCGCCAUUUAUCAACUACGACAGCUUGAACGUUGAAGAUAGGAAAUUGACAACUAUAGUCGAUGUCAGCGCCGACACUACCAACCCACAUAACCCCAUCCCAGUUUACGAGAUUGCCACCGUGUUCAACGAUCCAACUGUGCCUGUCAAGACUUCAAAAGGCCCCAAACUUUCAGUUUGCUCGAUCGACCACUUGCCUAGUUUGUUACCGAGAGAAGCUUCGGAGUUUUUCUCCAAGGACUUGAUGCCAAGUUUGUUGCAAUUGCCAGAGAGAGCUACAGCACCAGUAUGGGCAAGAGCUAAAGCAUUGUUUGACAAAAACGUUGCCCGUUUAUAA